AUUUUGGGUUUACCCGGCUUUAUACACACACGGCUCUAUACGUACAGAUAUAGUAAAACGAAACUACUAUACUUUUUUGCUCUUGGUGUAUAUGCGUCAAUAAUCAUUCCAUAUCCGGAAGUAAAAUAUAAAUGAUACGUUUAAAAUGUUUAAAACAUAUUAACAGAAAUGCAAACCGGCUUAAAUUGGAAAUAAAAUGCAAUGAGCAACUCUAUAAAAAGACCGAGUGACCUAAUGUUUAUUUUUGUCGAUUUUCAUAAUAUCAUUCGCAUUGGAAUAAACGAAGGAUCAUUUUCAAAACGAAAGUUGGAAUUUUGAUAACUUUUCAUUUAACAAAGAGAGAAUAAUAAUGAAUAUGAUAUCUACCUUAUUACGCUCAUGGGUGAUUUUAGCUUUCAUUUGUAGCAUUUGUUAUGGAGAGUCGAAAACCCCCGUGCAUCUCUCUACGUGCGGACCGCCUCUCCGCGAGGCGCCAUUCUCUCUUUGCUGCUUCCUGGAAAACCUCCCAACUUCCGCUUCCGUUUUCUUCUCGCGCCAGACUAAGACUGGAACAUUUGAUGUCAUGGCGAGGAUCACAACUUCAUGCAGUUUGCUGAAAGCUGAUGUGGGGUUCGCAGCCGGUCCGUGCCAAUUUGACGGUUUGGUGCGAAAUUUUAGUAUAGUGACGAUGCAAAAUGAUGAUGCGUUGGUAUUUGAACGCUCUGGAAAUCUGUUAAAUCAGCACGCAGGGGAAACUUGGAAAUGUGGUUUCUACGGAAAUUCCAGUACAUUCAAGAUACACACAGAAGAGAUGCUUGAUGCACAUCUUGGCUUUGCCAAUGGGAGACCUGGAGAAAGUGUACACCUGACGUGGCCAAUGGUGACAUCAAGCAGUGGCGUCAACAUCUUGGCGCCCAAUGGCACAACGUUGGUACACAUUGACCAAACGAAUAACGCCACCGUGUUGAACAGCAACCGGGUUUCAUACUUGGGUAUCGUUAACUCGGCGGUUACGAUCGAAAUACCGGACGCACAAGAUGCCGAUAACGGAACGUAUGUUCUGUCAACAUCAAAAACCCGGAUAGGCCGCACACUCGUCAUCAGACAUUCACCGGAAGUUCCAGUCAUUAAGUUCAACAAUGACUGGAAAAAUGCUUCAAACAUUCUCACAGGAAGUCUCGCCUGCCUCUCAAAAUCCCUGUCUGUUGCCCCGCCCUUCUUUGGCGCCUCUUUAGCAUACACCUGGUUCAUUCCCGAUCCCGCAGACGAUGCAGGAUACCAAGCGUCACCUAGCAACCAAACUCUGUUGGUGUCCGGAUUAGAUUGCAAUCAGAGGACACAACUUCCGGUGUACUGCAUCGUGACGGAGGGUGACCUCACAUCCGAGAGUGACGCGGCAUACGUCAGCAACAAAUGUGGUAAUACAUUUCAAGAAGAUUUCCGGAAGCAAGGAUUCGUCAUAGCCAUGAUCGUGUUAGCGGUGUUGCUUAUCUUUACCAUCGUCAUCUCCUUGGUCUUGGGACGACAGCGGAUCCGGAAGUGCUGGAAGAGAACCGCCAAGCGCUGUGGGAAAUGCUGCUCUGCUUGUGAAAAUUGUGCAGGAAGUAGCUCAGACACGGACUCCGACCUUGAGGGCUUUUUGGGUGGGGAGCGUGCUGGCCAUAGGCUUGGUGGCGGUAGACGGCGCAGGGAGAUUUUGGAUCUUGUUGGCAAUAACAACGGCGAUUCUGGAACUGGACUCGAGGAUGGACUAGGACGGACCAGCGAGAGACUGGAUUUCCAACAGCAGUUGCAGAUAGCGCUCGAGGAGUCACGACAGGCCUCGGAGAACCUCCCACCGGAUCUACCACCAAGACCCAACCAAGCAACUGACGGUGAUCAAGUGGCCGGCAAUUCAAAUGAUGGUCAUGGUUCACUACCUUCUUUGAGCCCGGAAAUGGUACAGAUUCCACCACUACUGGACAGCGAUGACGAGGACGAGGACGGACUUUCGGGUGCCGUAGGGAGUGGUUCCGGUAACAAGGAUGAUAGGGCGGUGCUCAAGGAAGUAGAAACCCUUUUGACAAACCACCACCGUCAUCUGCGUAGCGAGGUUGUUACUCUUGAAAUCAGCCGCGACAACAUCGUCGAAAAUGUGCUGGCCUACUACAGCGACGAAAAUGUCGCCUUGUCUCGAAUAACUGUCAAAAUGUUGGACGAGAGUGGGCUCGAUUGUGGCGGUGUGACAUCAGACAUGUUCACCACGUUCUGGGACCAAGUGCGCGAGCGUUACUUCCAAGGCUGCGAGGCAGUGGUUCCCUUCCUACACGCACACCGGUUUUCGGAGGACAUAACGUUUCGGACGCUCGGACGCAUUCUAUCCCACACUCUCGCCGUAACCAGAGAGUUUCCGCUCCCCAUGUGCAAGGCGGCUAUUAUUGGUAUGAUUUAUGAUACAACGGAAGUAGCAGAGGAGACGAUAAUUGAGGAUUUCAUGUACUUCCUCGACGAGGUCGACCGAAAACUCGUGAUGGACGCACUCAAAGACGUGGACAGCUUGUCACCCGAACAGACAGACGAGGUUCGAUCUAUAUUUGAGAGGUUUGACUAUGCGGUAGUGUCGUUGAAACCAGAAACAUUCAAGUAUCACUUAACGUUACUAGCGCGAAACGUAGUGUGCAUCCGGCCGCGGCCUUUGCUAGAGAUGAUGCGUUCAGGGCUACCGGAAGCUCAUUUUACCCAUUUUUGGUCUCGGUUCCACUUGCACACGCUCGAUGUAAUGUUCCGAGCACUUGAACCGACGCCGGACCGCGUUGUCGCGCGCCUUGACACAGAGAAAUCGCAUGAUGACCUUUCGAGAAACGAGCGCAAGGUUUUCAAUUACCUGAAGGACUUUGUCAAGGAAAUGCCUCAAAUGGAAUUGUUGGAGUUUCUUCAUUUUGUGACGGGAUCAAAAUCAACACCUCGUUCGCGAAUCAUAAUAGAUUUUACCCACGAGUCGGGCCUUAAACGCAUUCCCAUGGCGCACACGUGCUCGAACAUGAUUGUACUUCCGGACACGUACAAGGACUACGACACAUUUCGGUCUGAGUUUAAGCACGUCCUGGCCUCGGAGGAGGCUUACACAAUGAACAUGGCGUGAAUUGAUGAGUUGAGGUGACAGAACCUUCAGCCCAUCAUCAGUGAUGUCCGAGUGAAUAAUAAGUGCCUUUUUUCUGUAACGUUGCUCAUCCACGUCAUAGUCAUACACAAGUAUAAUGGUACAUUGGACAUAACUUUGACGCUAUUUGACAUGCAACGUUCGAGGGUGUCUCAUGACGUCAGUGUUUACAGUGGUUAGCGUCAAAAUGAGGAGAGCAAUACAUUCCAAAAAUAUUUCCCACCUCAUUGAAGAACAACGUGUUGAGUUCUUAAUUUAUCAGUUUACUGAUAAAUGCAUUUAAGCUUAGCAAAACCUAAAACUAAGCAGGUAUAUAGAUGGGCAUAUCUCGGUUAGUAUUGGGUCGAUCUUGCUGAAAAUUUCAGGAAAUACAGAUUAGAUAUUUCGCGCAUUCAGUUCAGUUUAUACAGAUUAAACGAACAGGAUCAACAAGUGUAAAAAUCUAGUUAAUUUCAAUAUGGUAGGCCGUAAACAGUCUAAUAACGGCUGUGCCCACCCUGGCUGGUAAUUACGGUGAGAGAGGGUCGUCGCAUGGACAUUACAUUACGUUUCACAUAAUUUUGGGAUCAGCCAACUCAGCAAUAAUACUUGCUCCUAACUGGUCCAGUGUCUGAGGCGCUUUAACCCUUUUCCUCACUCGACGAUUAAGCUCAUCCCAAAUGUUUUCUAUGAGAUCCGGUGACGUUGGUGUUAUGUCAAUAAAGUUCAUAUUGUUAGCUUGAUUGAAGUUCUAGCUGCGUUUGGAGGUGAAUCGUCUUGGAGCAGGCGUAAACUUAAGAUUUGUCUCAUCAAAGGCAAUAACUUCAUUUUGAAAACGUGCGGCUUGAGAAUACCAUCAAUAAAAACAAUUUUAGUCUUAUGAAACACCCAUCUAGACCAUAACUGAUCUUCCACCGUAUCUAUUACGUUUAAUAGCGCAAAUGUCGUUGAACCUUUCCCGCGCUCACGAUACAACUCCCGCAUUCGAAAUCCUGACAGCUAAACCAUGUUGUUGUAUCGACAUAGAGCAAUUUGGUAAUGCGGGCUGUUUAAUUAUACAGAAUAACCGCAUGCGAUUUUAUUUCGCGCCAAACCAACAAUUCCUCGUGUAUUUUGAUGUUUUCUUCGUUUCACGCACCAACGCAUCUGAUCUUAAUAAUGACAUGUUUUUGAUUUCCGGCGAUUCAUAAAAUGGCAUGCAGAAAUGUAUUGAUUAUUAAAGGUUACUCGAUAUUAAAACUGCUAAGUUAAAAGUUUUGCUAAGUGUAACUCUUUUUUCUCUUUUAUUUUCUACAUAUGAUGUUUACAUAAAAAACAACAAAUAUGGUAUUUUGAAAAAAAACCACAUUCCAAUGCUGAGUACAUUUUACAAAAUACACACACACACACACACACACACACACACACACACAGACACACACGCACGCACGCACGCACACACACAAACAAACACAUGUACACGCAUUCACACACCUACUGAGUGACGUCUCUUUUUUCAUAAAAAUGUUGUUAUAUUUUUAUAAAAUGUUAUUUUUGGUUGUUAUUGUUGUGGCUACUCAUGUCAUGUUUUAAUUAAUCAUAUAAGAUAUCAAGUACUCUCCAUUUUUGAUUUUCGGUCUCCUAUUUGUCAUGAUUAGCCUAUUUUGAUUCUUAGCUUUAGGUUCAUCAAGGAUGCAUCAUACGACAAUACUCUAUUGUUGCAUUUUGCUGUCGUGUGUCUGCUUGUACUUAAUAUUCCCAGUAAAGCCUCGCAUUUACCUAUGUUUAUAUUAAUUGUCGUUAAUGCAAUUGAUUUACACAAUUUGUUCCAUAAUUGUUGUUCUUUACUACAUUCCCGAUACAAAUGUUCAAUUAACUCUACAUUCGAGUAACAGAAUGUGCAAUCGACAAGUUUUAACUUAUAGAGUAAUUUGUUUAUGGGUAUUAUUCUCAUAAAAAAUAAUGGAAACUACGCAAGCUUGUAUCUAUUGUUAAUUGGUAUAUAUUACCGUAUAUUUUGUUCCAAUCUAAUUGUUUAUUUUCGAUUUCCAUGUGUUCGGUCAAUAUAAUUUUUUAGGUUAGACGGAUAGAUGUUUUGGUCAGUAUUAAGUAAAGAAAUUCGUUUGUUAGAACUGAUUUUUCAACAACUUUUUCUUUCAGUGUUAUGUUUUCUGUAAGGUUGAUGCCGUCUUUGAUUGAUUGCAUAUAUAAUUAAAAUUUGAGCAGUUGCGAGGAAUACUUAAAUCCUAUUGGAUAAGACACCCCAUGUGACAUUAAUUCAUUUCUCCAUGAAGCAUUGUUUACGUUGUUUACAUGUCUAUUUUCCUUCUUUAAAAUAUUUGGGGUUAAAAUAAAGCAACAAUGAACAAUAAACCUUUUAAAAAUA